CAUUGGUGUCACUGAGCUAAGAUGGUGAUACCUUGCUCCCUGUGGCUCCUGUCUGUCUGCCUUCUGUCUUGGUGUUGUGGUGCCCAGUUGCCUGUGGCUCUGGAUCCUGAGUUAGAAUCAGGCCCAAAACAUGCAGGGAUCAGAAUUCAUGUAGAGGUCCGUGUAACCGUGAUUUUCGUGAAAACCUUUAAGGAAAUACAAAAAUCUGGAAUUUAUGUCCCGACUCUAGAGAUUGGGAAGAAAAUGAUAAAGGAUGUGGAGAACCAAGUCCUGGAUGCUUGUUCCCAACUGUGUCAGAAUUUUGCUCAGGAUCCUAAAUUUCAGCAUGGCUACAUUAUUGCUGUAUACUUCAAGGGACACCAUCUCCUGUGUUGUUCCUGAUGCAUGUCUAAGUGAAUGUCUGAUUCUCUGGAACUGAACUUACAGACAGCUGUGGGCUUCCAAGUCAGUUCUGGGAAUGAAACUGAAGACCUGUGGAACUAAACUACUUAAGAGCCUCACCUCUCAACUGCUGAGCUUCUCUCCAGGCCCAAUGUUCACUUCUUUAUUUGGAUUGUUUAUCUUUCUAACCUGCAUCAACAUGAUAUUUUGAUUUUCUGUUUCUAAUUGAGUCUUGCUUUGUAUCCCAGUCUGGCCUCAGAAUUUUGCAACACUCCAGCCUUAGCCUUCUAAGUGCUAGUGAAAUAUCAAAUCUUUUAAGUUCAGAUUCCAUUUUAGACAACCUGACCUAAGUUUGAACUCAGGUAAACUAACAAGCUAGUACCUGCAUGAGUUUCCAAGUUGCCCCCCAAUAAAACCUGAUCCUAGCUCCAGUCUCUAGGCUAAUUCUCAACAAAACCAGUGUCUCCAGAUUAAUCCUUCAACACACCUGCACCCCAGAUUACAAGCUUACCCCUGGCCUAAUGACCAA